AGUUACAGGUUAAAUUAGUACUUCAUACAGGGUGUAGAGAAGAUAUGGAUAGCACGUCAUUUGAAUAUUGUUAAGGUUGAUACAAUGUUGUAAUUAUCAACGUGGCUUCUGUAAGAGCUAUUUUUACUUGGCUAAUACAGCCUUUUGGCUUUGUUGCUAAAGUCGGUUUGUCAGUCGCACUCUGUAAAACAUCAACUGGUUAGCUUAAUGUGGCUAAUAACGUUGCCUGGCAAGUUAGCAACUAAACACAAGCUGUAUGCGUUCUAAAAACUAUUAGGGAUGGCGGGGGAGAAGAGCGAAGAGGACACCGUUUCAGAGUACCUGGGCCAGAACCCCGAGCUGGCCCAAUGGGUCGACACUUUCAGGAGCUACUCCGAGAGCAACAAACAGUGGGUAGCUCGUAGAGAGUUCUUACUUAGAAACAUGGAGGCUUUCCCCACAUUGGAACACGGAGUCCCCAGCAGCAGUCUGGACAGGCUGCUCUCUCUGUCCAUGGUCUGGGCCAACAACGUUUUCCUGGGCUGCUGCUAUCCGCAGGCAGUAAUGGACAAGAUCAAGGAGAUGGGUGAUGGGAUAGUUGUCCAAGAUGCCCCAGUUCAUAAAACGACAAAAGAUGGAAUCCAGGGCAGAGGAAAGCGGAGUGCCACAACUGAGGGUGAAUCUGACAGCGGUGGGAAGAGAGCGAAAUCCUCGAGGAAAUCAGGCCCUCUUCCACAGGCUCCAGCAGAGCACCAGCCCUUCUUCAACCGCCUCUACAAGGCAGUGGCGUGGAAGCUGGUGUCCGCGGGGGGCUUCGGUCCAAACUUGGACCAUUUUGAAAUACUUCGUAGCUGUGUGGAGUCAUGUAAAGAGACCAUGGCCUGUGUGUACGUGCCACUGAAGGACAUCACUGGCCUCCCUGCAGGGCGCACACAGAAGGAAGGCCAUGUGUGUGAGAUUCGCUGUCAGACUGUUUACAUGGGGACAGGAUAUGGGCGCGACGAGGCCGCCGCCAAGGCCAUGGCUUCCAAAGAGGCCCUAAAAGUCUUUCAGGGGCGCAAGGUGACAGUAAAGAUCUGCAGACGGAGGUACAAUGGGAAAGAUGUGGAGGAUUUGGUGUUGUUGGACGAGCAGCCUCGGAGUCCGGGCUUUCCCCCCGCACUCAGCUACCCCUUUCAGGACGAGCAGCUGGAAGAAGGGUCUUCAUAGAGCGGAGAAUUUGUGAAGUUUGUCGGAAGCAUGGGACGUCUACUGAAUGGAGCUGCUGAAGGAAUCCACGACCGUUUGACUUGGGAAGCAUUGAAUGACAUUCAUUUUCCCAAUGCAUCCACAAUACUUUGUCAGACAAAAACCGGGUUACAUCACCAAAACACUGUCAUACUGUAUUGACAACAUUUGCAACCGCUGUCAGUUUUAUAGACAGUGAACAGUGUAAGAAAGGGCGCGCAAUGGAGCAUACAUGCCAUCAUUUAAAAGUCAAACAGCCAUAUUGGCAAAAAGCAGGAGUCAAACUGUUAUAGAGUUAUAACAAACAAAGGAUGCUCUUUAGAAUUGUAGGAGAAUGUAUUGCGUUAUUUUGAUGUGAUCGUCCCAUCAUAACUUUUCUGGCCUUAUUGUUCGAAGUUGCGUGUAUAUAUCUCUUUGUUCACUCCUGUUGUGAUAGGUAUUGUUCAGGUGAUUUGAUCCUGGGAAGGCCUUUCUCUUUUCCUUUUUUGGUUUGUUUAGGGCUCCACUGCUCAAAAGUCAAAUCGAUAACUUCUCUUUUACACUUUUGAUUUACUUUGCCAAAGCAAAAAAGACUAAAUUGCAGUCACUGUAACCCUUUUUUUUUUAAUAUGAAGGACUUGUAAUUAGUCUUCAUAACAGUUUCAAAAAUAAGAAUAGCUUAAUUAUAUUAUUAUUUUUUCAUUAUUUCUCAACCAUAAGUGACUGACAUCAACAUUCUUUUUUCAAUUUCACUCAUUAACCAUUGCCUUUCACGACGUUUUGAUUACAUUCUCAUUCCUAAAGACCCACACUUGAGUUGUUAAAAGGCAGGAAAGUUUCUCGGUAGAGUUAUUUGCUGACACCAAAAUGUAAUUCAAAUGUGUCCUACUUGUGUGUUCAUGCUGCGUAUGUGCUUUCAACGUUAUACAUAUAGGAAUUGAAUGAAUAUUUUUUUAUUUUCAUUGCAGUAUGUUUAAUGAGAACUUCCUAAUUCAGUACCCAUUGUACUGUACAUAGACGUAUUAGAAGCCACCACUUUAAUUUUUAUUUCAUUCAUUUUCUUCACUGAUUCAAAAUACACUGUGACCCACACAAUGUUCAAAGUAUGGUGGUGUCAUAAUCAAGAAAAUGAAUUGAAACACAGUUUGAUGCAGUGUAUACAGUUGUGAUGGGUUUUGGGGUUAAAGUGCUGCUGUGAUGUGUGAUUUAAUUUGUCUGUUGUUUUUUCCAGUUUGAGUUGAAGGUGAACAGGGUUGCAAUGAUGCGUGAAUACCCACACUGUCUCAUGUUGCUGUACCAGUGGUCCUGUUUCUAUAUAUUUUUUAAAUAAACAUAAUUUAACCAAGUAAA